UGAUAAAAUUGUUGCAGCAGUGAUCUAGUAGAAAUGGUUUUCGAAAUCAAGAAUAAAGUGGCCAUUGUUACUGGUGGUGCGUCUGGAAUUGGACUAGCAUUCGUUAAACAAUUAUUACAAUGUGGAGUCAGGGGUGUUGUCAUAGCCGAUAUCAAUGCAGAAGCCGGUAAAAAAAUUUCUGAAGAAUUAAACAAAGAAUUUGGCGUAGAAAAAGUGGUAUUUGUUCAAACCGACGUUCGCGAUCAAAAAAGUCUAGAAAAUGCUUUUGUUACUACUUUAAACCAUUUCAAAUAUAUUGAUAUCCUUAUUAAUAACGCUGGAGUUUGUAUGGAGAAUCAGUGGGAAACUACAGUUGAUAUUAAUUUGAAAGGAACUAUUGGAGGAAUGAUCCUUGGUAUGGAAAAAUAUUUAAGAUAUCACAAAGAAGGAGAUGAAGCAGUAAUUCUAAAUGUUUCUUCUCUGAGUGUUACAGACAAAGUAUUUAUUACGCCUGUCUAUGUAGCUACAAAGUAUGGCGUGAUAGGUUUGACUAGAAAUUGGGGUGAUCCCUUUCACUAUAACAGAACUAAAGUAAGGGUUUUGGCUAUUUGCCCGGGUAUGACAGAGACUCCCAUUUUGGACAAUUUAAGACAUCGUCUCCUUAAUGAAGAAUACACUGCAAUGUAUGAUGAAGUUAUUAGAGAGUUUGAAGUCCUCUGUCAACCAGCUGAUCAUGUCGCUAAAGUGUCUAUGUCAUUGUUGGAACACGCACCAAAUGGAUCUGCAUGGAUAAUAGAAGGUAGCGAAGCUCCAUACCAAUUGAAGCAUUUAGACAAAAGUGCCUUCAAAGAUAACUUGUUAAAGAUAGAUACUUAGUUAAUGAUAUAGUAUUUAUAUGUCAGUUCACUAUAAAACUGCAGGAUUUGGUACCUUGAAAACCUUUCAAAUUUAUUUUGUAUAAUG